AGACUGAGCUCGUCGAUUUGCGUACUGAUUUCUGAAUUUGACGCAACGCAGCUGUCGCAGCAGGGAGAGACAGCGCCUCCACAACGCGUUUCUUCUGCCUUUCUGUUUCAUUCAAUUUAAAUUAAUGCUGGAGCCCCGAAAUGGAUUUUGGCGAUUUGUUUAACGAGCGAACGUUCACCUUUUCUGACUUUCAGGAGUUUACAUUUCUGCCUGGACAUGAGCAGUGGUCAGAGCGAGUCAGGAAGCGUUUAUAUUAUGGUCUGGAAUCUGACUGCCCACUGGAUGCUCUAUCAUGUCCCAUGACAGAUAUUGCUGUGGAACUGCUUCAGAAAUCUGCCCCAAGUCCCAUAAGAAAGCUCCACAAGAAAUAUGCUGCACACGUGGCUAGGGAGGCAUGUAUAUCUCCCUGCGCUAUGAUGUUGGCCUUGAUUUACAUUGAAAGACUGCGACACCGAAACCCUGAAUACAUGCAACAGAUUUCAUCCUCUGACCUUUUUUUGAUAUCAAUGAUGGUUGCCAGUAAAUAUCUGUAUGAUGAAGGAGAAGAGGAGGAGGUUUUCAAUGAUGAAUGGGGCACUGCUGCCAAGCUGGACGUUAAAACUGUGAACACCCUGGAGAUGAACUUCCUCAGUGCGAUCGAUUGGAACCUCUUCACUGAGCCCAGUGACUUCUUUAAAGUCCUCAGUCAGGUGGAAGGCAGCAUUGCGGAGCGACAGGGUAUGAAGCGAGGAUGGUUCACCUACACAGAUCUUUGUGUUCUCCUGGAGCAGUCCAAUUGGAGGGAAGCCCUAUCAGCUAUCUACCAGCACUUUACCAAGGUUACCUGUAUGUUGGGUCUCCUGUACUUGACAAGCAUAGCUGGUCUCCUCGCAUCUUCUGCAGUGAUCCACCAGAUUGGUCGUUUCCCCAACACCAGUCGCACUUAUUUGGGACCCAUGGAGCACACAUCCAUUCAUACACCAGCAUUUUUCCCUGAUCUCCAACUGGGAACGCCAAGCCCAAUCUCGAACCUCCGCUGCUGCAUCCUGACCAACAACAGUUUGAAGCCACACGCUACUGUUGCUCCAGAACAGCAGGGUUCUACCUCCACCUAUGGGUCCAAAGUUCUCUGUCUGUGGAGUUCCAUCAUCUCCGCUCUGUCCUACUCAAACCCUUCAUCACACAUCCAACUACAAGACUGUUUAGAUUCUGAAGUGUUCUAUCAGGGUCACAUGGACAGGAUCCCACACAUUAAAUGCAGUGGGCGCAAUAGCUCAACAACUCUUUCUCCAUUGUACGCUCACCUUAAAUCACAUUGGCUCGGGUUAGCUCCAUUUAGCGAAGGCCUAAUGUUUCUAGAUCCCCAUCUUAGUUCCAUACCCCAAUUGCAAAGACAUCCAUGUUGCCCAGAUACUACUUUGCCACUUGGGAAAUCACCGUCUCUCCUAGUGCCUGGCUAGACAUGGUCCUCCACAUAGAGAAGGGGAAAUAUAUCAAAAUAAAACAAGUUUACAUACGCAGUCAACCUGUAUAACUCCCUUGGUUUUCGUUGUUUUUGUAUUGGAUCAGCUAUAUAUGUUGGCCGAAACCUGGUUGUGGUGGGAUAUCAGUAUGUUGGGCAGAAGGUGCUAAGGAGGUAUAUUAAAGUAGUACAAUGCUGCUUGAUGAUUUGAAUUUUGGCUUGAAGUGUGAUGCAAUGUGUAAAUGCACUGUGAACGAGCAGGAAUUAUUUUCUUUCCCUUAAUGAAUAAACGAGUUCAGGUUUUGGGUAUUGGUUACAUGAAACCUCUGAAGCAUCCAAGCAAUUAUUAUAAAAACAAAGUAACAUUACGUAAGAACUUAAUAACAAACGUUCUCUGAGAUGCAAUAAGCCCAAGCAGAAGUUUUGAAUAGUUCGCCUGGCCUUGCGCUACAUGGUGUAGAUAUACUCAGGAGGAUUGUAUUGUUAAGGAGUUCCUUCCUGUGAAAGCAUUUAUUUUCAAGUUGGGGAAUAGUUUUGAGUUUAAGCUUUGUUUUUGUUUGCUUGGCUUGAAAGAGGGUAAGGUUAAAAGGGUGAGUGUUAAUUACACAAUUUAGUCCAAGACUGCGUAUAAAGGUUGAGAUCAUUAAGUUUUGAAAGCUUUUACAACAAAGUUUACAUGCACAUAGUUAAUGCCAUACUUCAUCCAAAAAGCAUUUGUUUUAUAAUAGUGUAGGCAAUGUUUUUUUUUUUUUUAUAAAGUUUCACAAGUAUGGAGUUGCCAAACAGGCUAAAUGAAUAUAAUUAUUUUGGUUUAUUGCUUGACAAAAACUUUGUACCAAGUAAAAUUUUGGCUUGAUUUUAUGCUCCUGAUAUGGUCUGUAAUUAAGCGUGUGAUAUUUUAUUUAUUCAAUAGGUCAUGGACAAAGAACAACCUUUAACUGAUUUUGUGAUAUCUUUGGGUAUGUAUCCACCACCAUUAUUUGUUGAUGGCAUCUGAGGUCUUUCAACAUUUGUUCCUUUAAAAUGUUUGUAAAAAAAUAAAUAAAUAAAAUAUAAAGCUGCAAUAAUAAUAAAUAAUUAAAAAAAAUUCUAACCUCCA